GAUCAUGAACAGAUGGCGGCACGCCAACAAUCGAAGAGGCAGCACGACGCCGCAGCCCGCAGCUAGAGUUUCAGACACAGGCAGCCAACUACUAUCCGGCACGUCAGCCCGUGGCCGGCCGGAGCCGAGAUGGCGGUGUCGGCAUCCAAGCCGGCCGUGAAGGCCUGCCUCCGCCUCCUCACGGCCCUCGCCGUCGUGUCCGCAGGGGCGGCAGCGCCGGCGCCGCGGGAGACGGAACCACCACAGCGGGCAGCGGGCGCGGCGUCCCCGUGCUCCCGCUACUGGUGCUUCAAGGGUCGUUCCCCCAUGGCCGCGCUGCUCGUGCCGGCCGGGACGGAGGCGAAGGGGACCGAGAUGGAGACCUCGGUGUCGGUCGAGUGCCCCCGGGAGAAGGCGACGAAGGCCUGGUGGUCCUCUGCUGCUGCUGCCCCAGGCGCUACGGCAGCGGCUGCUGCUCCCCGGACUUCUGCGAUGCCCAUAGUCUGUCGCCGGCACCGCCCGCCGCCCUGGCGUGAGGACGUACGCGCACGGCCUGGUGCUCGCGGAGCUGUGGCGCCGGCCGUGCCCUCGCCGGGUGCGCGCGGUUAUCGAUCGGUCACCGUGACGCUACUUUGCUAUGCGGGUUCGUGA